UUUCUAAUGCAUCACCUUGUGUUGGUUAGGUGGAGAAUAUUCAUCAAUAUAUUGAAUCAAUGAAAGUGGCUUAUCUUGCGGAUCAGCGCCGUCGGGGGGAUGGGAAUGAUCCAUUCCUUGAGGCUGAUCGACGAGAAACAGCAAAACAAGAAGCUGCUGCUAAGAGAUUACAUCCAACUUUACACCUGCCUGCAAAUCCACAACCAUCAACUCAAGCUGCUGGGCUGUUAACCACCUCAGCAACUCCUGGAGCACCAGCUGCCCCGCAGACAUCUGCAGUAACCUCAUCAGUUUCUUCAGGGAGUGGCUUUUCUCUUUUUAACACACCAUCUUCUGCACCUUCCACAUCCAUGCCAUCUUCUCUCUUUGCAACUCCCACAACCUUGUCUUCUAUGUCCUCCCUAUUUGGAUCAUCUGGUGCAUCACCCCAGCAAUCACUUUUUAGUUCAUCAGCAUCUCUUUUUGGGACGGCUUCAACACCAUCUUUGUUUGCAAAUAGUACCCCAACACUGGCCUCUUCAGCUACUGGAGGUGCAUUAUUCUCGACACCAUUUGCUUCAGGUGCUGCAACUGGCUCUGGGGCAAGCUUUGGUGCUGCAUCAAAAUCAGCAAGGCCAAAAUCUCGAACUGCUCGGCGUUAGAACCUUCAUAUCUUAAUUUCCCAGGGGUAGCACUGGUGA